CUAUGAAGAAAAAUUAACUCUGUCCCAGCCGAAACCAGGACAGUUACUCAGCCAGGUUAGGUCCUGCUGCAGUGCUCAGCAUUGUCCUGAAGAGGUGAUAAAAAAGGCCUUCCCCCUCUAACGCAUCCUUAGGUCAGGAAUGUUGGAUUGAAGAUAGCAUUUGCAGAGGGAAGUGGGGCAGCAGAAGCUGCUGUAAGAGCCUGCCCAUGCCCGAAGGUGCUGUGUGUUUCCUGCAUCACAGCAUGCUGCUUGUUCAGCAUGGCCAGUGCCCCACAGAGAUUUGGUGUAGGUGAAGGCAGCCUGCUGAGCUGGCUCUGCUUGGGCUGUUAACGCCGGGGCAGCGCUGCUGAGGCUACGACCCUGACAACGUCUGCCUCUUCUCGGGUGGGUGGGUUGGUUGGUUUUUCUCACGGUGGGGUGGUGUCUCUGACCAGGGUUCUCUGACUCAGGAUCCGUGCCCUGUGGAACAGCCAAAGGAAAAGGUGGGAUGUGCAACAGGCAGCGGUAAGUAAUUUGUUCUGUGUGAAAUGAAGCAAUUCCCCAGCACCCACAGAUGCACUUGGGAUCAGGUCUUCAUCCUUCUGCCAAGGGGAAGAGUCCUCAGCUCUGCCUCUCUGCUCUUGUGCAGGAUGCCAGAAACAGGAGAGGUUUUCUCAUUUCCUCUGCUUGUGGUCCAGGACACCGCAGUGGAAAAGCAGCUGCCUCUGCUCGAGUGGGCUGCUGGAAAGGGUGGUGGGCUGGUGGGUGUGCGCUGGGCUGAUUACUCAGCCCCCGACUGGCAGUGCAGCCCUCGUGUGCCCUGCAAGCUCUUCACUCGGCGUGCACUGGCUUCCCAAGCCCGACCGCUGAGCACAGUUUUGUGCGAGCGCAAUUUGGUGCCGGGCUGGUCCCGCUGUGCGAGCCUGCUGCCUCGGUGUGGGAGGAGCAGGUGGGUGCCCCGAACUUGCAGCCGAGGGCGGAAACUCUUUGGGGUUUACUGUUGAUGCUUGAGGCUUUCAUAGAGUUGCAGCAUUUGAGCUGGGUGUUCACUGCUGGAGUGAUGCAGGCGUAUAAAGGCAGAGCUGGGUCUUCCCCCAGGGCUCAGUCUGGGACAGCCUCGGCAGUUUUUGGCUGCCAUAUGGAAGAUAAUGCCAAGCGUGUCCAGCCCAUCCCGCUCCCAGCCAUGCAGCAGAACUUGAACUACGUAUACCCCCAGAUCUUUUGGAUGGAUGGCUGUGCCAACGCAAGUGCUUCUUGCUCCUCGACACCCCCCGUCGCUCCUUUCCCACCACCAGUACCCGACCGGAGGAGCAAGCCAAGGAACAACAGGGAACGGAGGAGCGUCGGCUUCCUGGUGGUCUUCUUGCUGAUCCUGCUGGCCUUAACUGGAGUGGGGCUGAGCAUGUUUCAGAUUUUCCACCUGGAGAAGGAACUGGCUGAACUCAGAGAGUCUGCCAGCACUCAACACAUCCCUCCAGCUUUGGAGAAACUCAUAGGGCAGGAGCAGUCAAUGACAAAGGAAACGAGGAAGGCAGCGCACUUAACAGGGACCCCUAUGCAGCGGGACCUUCCUCUGGAGUGGGAACCUGUUUCCGGCCAUGCCUUCACCAACGGCAUUCAAUACCGCGAUCAGGGCCUUGUCAUCAACGAGACCGGCCUGUAUUUUGUGUACUCCAACGUGCUCUUCCGGGGAAGCGUCUGCAGCAGCCAGGUGUUGACCCACAUCGUCUACAAGAAAAACCCAGCCUUUGCAGGCAGCCAUGUGCUGAUGGAGGACAAAGGCAUCAACUACUGCAUGAGUCAGAAAACGUGGGCCCGGAAAAGCUACCUGGGAGCUUUAUUCAAGCUCAGGAAGAUGGACAGUUUGCAUGUCAAUGUCUCCAAAAUCACUCUGGUUAAUUUUGAGGAAUCCAAGACAUUCUUCGGUUUAUUUAAGCUUUAAAUGGGGCUGUUGGAGUGUGGCUGGCAGCCCCCCACACACACUAGGACACAUGAGGGGUGAGUGCUGCCUGAGCGGCAGUGGCCAAACCAGGGUCUUGCACCAGGAAGCUCACCAAGAAACCACGUUUUGGCCUUCAGCAUGAGAGGGCUGAAGGAACUGGUAAAGGCUUGAAAGAAGACCUCUGGGAAGCACUGGGGCUGUACUGCAUCAACCUGAAGAGAAUUGCACGUUAUUCCCCCCCAAAAAAAACCCCAACAAACUCAAAAUGUAGUGUGCUGAAGACCCCUCACUACUUUCUACCUGAGAAGAUGCUGGUGCCAGGGGCCCCAUAUGGCAUCAUGGCCCUGGUGAGCUUCGGCUAGCAGGCAUGCAGGUACAGCCGGCGGGUGUUGAGGAGGCCCCGGGAGCCAGGGCCGCGUGCCACAUUGCAGGCAGUGGUGUGGGAACAGGUAGUGCAAAGGCAUCAACCACCCACCCCAAGCUAUGGCUGGCCACCCUGCCCGGGGACUUGGCACAGUGACUGCUGUUUGACAGACAUCUGCCUGCUAGCUGGCUCGUUAUGUGCGAUACAUUCAUUUUGUGUUAAGUUAUCGACCGUUCCCAUCCCAGAAGGUGUCCCCCAACCCCUUUAUUUAACUCAUCCUGACUGCCUUGCAAGGAAUGCGCCAGAAGCAGUAGUGCCCUUGAAGGAGGUCCUGGCCCUGGAGAGAAACCAUGACCAUGCCGGGCUGGUGGGGAGGCCAUGUGCUCUGCUGACAGGACCUGAACAACACAGUGGUGGAGAACAGGGCCCAAGAUGGAAGCAGUAUCUCCAGCCCCCUUCCUGCCCUUUUGACACAUCAGGCUCCCCCACGGAGACCUGAUCCUGCCACCCCCUGCAGGAUACAGGUGAGGGUGUGUUGGCCACCAUCAAAGGCAUGGCUUUGGCUGGCCCCCUUGUCACGGGAUAUUCUCUUCUGAGCAAAAC